GCCCGACUCAAGCUAGCAGGCAACUUGGGCCCACUGAGUGGGUGAAUGACUAUGUCACAGUGAUCAUGCCCACAAAAUACUCAAAAUUAUCACUAAAAACCAGUGCAGUUGAACACCAGUGACUCAGUGUAUAGAGCCUCGUGGGAAAUCCACAAAAUCUAAAGUGUAUCCGUCAUUUUGGUCGUGUCAAGUCAGUCAUCAUGUAUUGUGGUGAUACCCAACAUCAUCUUCUGUAUUUUUUUACCCUGGUGGGGGGCAUCCUCAUCUUUCCCAAUGUGACGUCAUUGGAGCUCUGUGAUGCACCGACUUGCAACUGUUUGAACAGCUUCUUUGGCCCGAUUUAUUUAUCUGUCUCAUGUGACGUCAGCAGUCCUGACUUCGACUUCGCUCAGUUCAGUAUCGUGACCGAAUUUCCAUCAGAGCCUUACGGACUCGAACUUCAUAAUAAUGCGCAGCAUUCCAGGGAGCCUUUCGUCGUCCCACCAGAUGCAUUUGUGGCCUUCGCGAACAGCUCCUCCUCAUCGCCCAGUUCCCUAGGGUUUUAUCUGAUCGACAACUUCGCUCCACUCAUUAGAGGUUCACUCCGGGGACUUGAGAUACAGCACGUAACAUUUUCUGGAUCAGCAAUGAACGAGUUCCCCUCGGAGGCUCUACGAGAUGUCAGUCACUCCCUGCUGAGUGUUACUGUGUAUAAUAUUGUAUCGGUCGACGGCACGGCAAUAACAUUUCCCCCUGUUCACUCUCUUGACGUUCUGGAGAGAGUCACCAUCGAAUAUACGCGGGUAGCUUCAUCAACAUCACUGAUGUUCACCAAUUUACCUUCCCUGCGUCAAUUGGAAAUCACAGCGUCUGAUAGCAGCACCAUUAGAACCUUACUUCUCGUGGAUCUACCAAGCUUGAAAUCACUCGAUCUAUCCGGUAAUAACUUGAUGGUGAUGCCAUCUACACUGAGCGGAUUAAAAACCUUGAAGUACUUGGACCUAUCUGAUAACAACAUUAAGUCCCUUGAUGCCAACCUACUGAGUAAGCUGCCAGAACUGGCCAAGAUUGACGUGCAAGGGAAUAAGAUAGAGACUGUCGAUCAAGCAGUCCUUGAAGUUCUGACAGGUUUAACUAACUUGAGGGGGCUUUCACUCAGAGGCAACCCCUUCGACUGUAGGUGUGAUAUGCUGCCGUUUAUACGGUGGCUGAGGGAGGCAUCUCUGGAUAUUGGUCCAGGAAACGUCUUUUGCAAAUAUCCUUUGAAGUUCUCCAAGAUCGAGCUGACAUCGCCUGAUUUGGUUUCUGCCUUGGAGACAAACUGCAGCGAGGUUGUCACGGAAAAGCUGCUUAUGGGUACCACGUCAUCAGUGACAUCACCAGAUUCAGUAGGCCUACUCCAAACCACGAAGAAAGGUGAUGACGUAAGUCCAGGGGGUGACUUCGGGCCGCCGCAGUAUCACGUUAUUGUUCCCAUAGUCACAGUGUUGGCUGUCUUAAGUGUAGCGGUCAUAGCAAGCAGUUUGAUACUGCAUAAGAAACUGAAGAGAAGGUGCUUUGUUUUUUUCAGACGCCAUAGCACCGAGUCUGGUUCCCGCCAACACUCAACUAACUCUGUCAACUUUAUAGAAGUUAACCGUAUAUACGAUGCGUACGUCUGCCAUCAUGAUAGUAUGGCCGAAUUUGUCGCACUAACGAUGGUACCAAAACUAGAGCAGGAACCGCACAAUUUACAAUUGUGUGUGUCUUUUAGAGACUUUCUGGUUGGUGUCGACAAUCUGGACAAUGUGUCGAGCGCCAUGAAUAACAGUCGAGCUACCAUCGUCCUAUUGAAUAGAGAGUUUAUUACCAGUGGUCAGUGCUUGCUGGAGCUAAACAUGGCAUGUUCUCAGAUGGUGGCGUCUGUAGACAGUGUCACCGGGCCUGGUGACGGCGCAAGUUUAGUGCCGGGCAGUGAGACGCGUCUUUUGCUCGUCUUGAUGGACGCUCUACCUGUCGAGGAUUUACCGGCUACCUUGAGAGCACUCCGAGAUAAGAUGACAUGUCUAGAAUGGGAUACGAAGGAUGAGGAUAGAUGUUGGGGGCAACUACAGCGCGCUCUUUUAGCUAGACCGUGCAUCAGCAUUUUCGCAUUCAUUUGCUGCGGAAUAAAACAUCCAGUUAUCAAGUUUGGUGUUCUCCUGCUGGUUUGUCUUUUUUGUGACGCCUUUCCAAAGCUCAUGCGAAGAACACCGUUCUUUCCCUUAACCAACGGCAAUAUGGCGCAUCAUAGUUCUGACAGUCGGCUUCUGUGCUCAUGCUUCCUACUUUUAGUAAUCAUAGAACCAGCUCGCCUUGUCUCAAUAUGCAACACCACUAUCAGCGGAUGUGAAUGCAUACCCCAUACCGGCACCUAUACUAUAACUGUCGUGUACUGUUCUAUGUCCUUACAAACAGUUUUCAACUUUUCAAACUUUCAAAGUGUGAGCGAGGUGCCUCCAGAACCGUGGAAAUUGACUUUCGUCCAAUACUAUGAUGGGUUCAACCGUCUGUUCAAAAUUAAAGAAACGUUUCCCUCGUGGAAAGCUCCGAUAGUCAUCCCAGGAAAUAUAUUCCCUUUACUGGUGGCGGCAAAACCCCGUGUCAACCUAACCUUUCAGAAUGUUCACCUGAUCUCGGUCGAGAAAGAAGCAUUUUCUGGCAUGACCCUGCAAAGCAUAAAGUUUAUUGAUACUCAGAUGAGCAGCUUACCGAUGGACUGUUUGUUAGAACACAGCUCGUCCUUGAAACGCAUCGGCAUUAGGCGAAAAUGGAGGAACGGCACCCCAAUACGACCACCGCAGUUCCAAUACUUCCACGCCCUAAUGGAAAUCUACAUCGAAAACACAGACUUUGACCCUCCUCAACUUCUUGACCACACACUGUACGAUCUACCCUCUCUAACUAGCUUCAUUAUGGCAAAGUCAACAGUGGUGAAUGUCUCGGCGAACGCUUUCCAGAGAGUUCCCAACCUCACCCAACUGGAGAUAUCGCACUCAGGUUUGCAGAGGGUUCCUUUGUCCGUGUCUCACAUUCGGAACCUGAGAUCGUUAAACCUUACCGGGAAUAGCAUUAUGGAUGUGACGUGUAGGGAGUUGGAUUCACUAAGGGGAGCAUCUUCCCUACAGAUACUCAAUAUGGCCAACAAUCCUUUUAGCUGUACAUGUGACUUACUACCGUUUAUCAAAUGGCUCGUCAAGUCAGACCUGUACUUAACGCAAUUAAGAUUACCUAUCUACGACUAUGAUUACACUUUGGACGUAACAGAAACGUUCACGUACAGUUGUAGCAGGCCGGAACAUUUGCGAGACACAUCCCUUCUGGACCUGGGGCUCGUCGGGUACCUGCAAUCUAACUGCAGUAUGCAAGGAACAACAGCCCCAACGAAUCACACUACCAAUGAUUUUGCUCAAAACUCCACGGUGACGAGGCUGACUGUUUCCAUUACCUCAGCCGUUAUUGUGCUAGGCAUUGCUUUGCUCAUAGUGGCGGUAUUGAUGCACCGAAAACUACGAAUAAAAUGGGUAGGGCUGUUCAGAAGGUACGACAGGUUCAACGUUGACUGUAACCAAGCCGUUGAGCAGCACCUUGAAGAGGCUAGAUACGACUACGAUGCGUUCAUCUGUCACCACGACAGUAUGGAUGGGUUUGUUGCCGAUAUGAUCCCACGCAUCGAAGGAGAACCCAAUAACUUCCGUCUGUGCGUGUCCUUCCGAGACUUUGUAGUCGGUGCUGACGAGCUGACGAACGUGACCAGAGCUUUGGAGAAAUCCCGGGGAGUCAUCAUCCUCCUUGAUGGAGAGUUCAUCACCAACGGGCAGUGCUUACUGGAGCUAAACAUGGCGUGCUCUCAGAUGAUCUCGUCCGUAGGCGGGGUCGCCAGGUCUGGUGAUGGUGCGUGUUUAGAACCGGGCAGUGAGACGCGUCUUCUGCUCGUCCUGAUGGACGCUCUACCUGUCGAGGUUUUACCGGCUACCUUGAGAGCACUCCGAGAUAAGAUCACAUGUCUAGAAUGGGAUACGAAGGAUGAGGAGAGAUGUUGGCAACAACUAACAAACUCUCUUCGUGCCCUGAGAUUAGAACCGGCUGAGCAAGAGGAAACUUUGUAGCGUGAAAUAAUUCAAUUUGUUCCGCUUUUUUGCCAGCCUAUUUUAUAUUAAAGGGAAGGUACACGUGUGGUUAUUGCCAAAGACCAGUCUUCUCACUUGGUGUAUCCCAUCAUAA